AUGCCAUCCACAAAGCAGCAGCGCGCACGCCGCCAGACCGCACCAUCUGGCCCGCCGCGGAAGCCAACCGCCCACGAAACACAGCCGAACCUCGAGACAACACAGGAACAAUCAGCUGGCGUUCUGCAAUGGAGCAUACCCAAUUGGAAAAGUGAGCUUGAGUUCUCUAAGUGGCUCAAUGACGUUCAGGAUGACUUGAUCGAGGAGAGCUACGAUCAAUACCAGACGUGCUUGGAUGAACUACAGCAAUCGCGCGAGCACAUUGACGAAAUCUUAACGAAUACCCUGACCCUCCUUGAUGACCUCUCCAGCCUGUCGGAAUCUUUCAAAUCCGUCGAGUCGCAAACCUCCAACUUCGAGAAACAAUGCGAGGGGCUUCUCUCUGCGCAGGAGCGAGAUACAAAGCUUGCAAAUGGCAUACAGACCAAUCUUCAUUACUAUGAUUUCUUGGAUCCUGCCUCAAGGCGGCUCAAUGCCCCAGGAGCUGGAAAUACGGUUCGCGAUCCGGAGUUUUCUGGCAUGCUCCGCCGCCUCGAUGUCUGCUUGGAUUACAUGGAAACGCAUCCUGAGCAAAAGGAGGCGGAAGUUUAUCGCUCUCGAUACCGGCUUCUCUUGACACGCGCCCUCACGCUGAUCCGAGGCAACUUCGUGUCUUCACUUCGAGAUAUCUACCAAAGUGUCUCAAAGAAAAUUUCGGAUCAGUCACUGAACGAUGCCGCCCUGUCGGCUCUUCUUUAUGCUAAAUUCAGGGUCGGGGCUCCAGAGCUGAAGCAGAUUGGAGUGGAAAUUCAGAAGCGAGCGGUGCCGCCGCUAAACCCAAACCAGAACAAUGAGGCAGAGUACCAGAGCCUGAUGAAUGAGCUGCAUACCAACUACUCAGCGACCCGGGCACGGCUCAUCAUACCCCUGGCCCGCAAAAAGCUCAAUGAAAUCAUGCAGACACCCAGUUCAUCGAAAGACCUGAUGGCGUUUGCUCGGGCAAGUAUCAGCUACAUCCGCGGAUUGUGCCUGGAUGAAUUCGACUUAUGGGGCGAAUGGUUUCAUGGCCAGGGAGGACUGUAUGACUUCCUUGAAACCAUUUGCGAGCCUCUCUACGAUCAUCUCCGUCCCCGGAUCAUCCACGAGACCGACAUUCGCAAGCUUUGUCAACUCUGCACGCUACUACAGACUCGAUACUUUCUGGAUCCCGAAGAAGAGCCAGAACAAGCUGAUGUGAACCAGCUCGACUUUUCUAUUCUGAUUCAGCCUGCUCUGCAAGACGUCCAGACUCGACUAGUCUUCCGGGCCCAGGCGGUUCUUCGUGAUGAAAUUGAGAGAUACAAGCCUCGCCCGGAGGACAUUGAUUAUCCCAUGUACAGUAAACAAGUAUCGCUUACCGUGACGGAUACUCAAAUCUCUGGAAAGAAGGAUACAUCUGCGGAUACUAUGAUCGACAUGACCAAAUCUACCAAAGAGGGUGACGAUACUACGGCUCCUUCGGAGCAUGAUGGGAAUUGGGACUUCGAGACACAAUCUGCGCUUAAGGGAUGGUAUCCCACCUUGCGAAAGGCUAUCUGGCUUCUCAGCCGGAUAUACCGUCUCGUAAAUUCCACCGUCUUCGACGAUCUCGCUCAUCAGAUCGUCCAUCAAACCACCUUAUCUCUUCAUAAUGCCAGUAAUCUCAUCUCAAGCAAAUCCACUGCAGCAGAUGGCCAACUCUUCCUCAUGAGCCAUCUCCUCAUCCUAAAGCAGCAGAUCGUGGCAUUCGAUAUCGAAUACGUCGCCCCAGAAGUGUCAUUUGACUUCUCCGGCGUAACGAGCACGUUCUGGGAGCUACGUGAGCGCGGCGGCCUCUUCAACCCGCGCAACCUGAUGCGCCUGGUCGGUCACGGCCUUCUUCCGCGCGUUGUAGAAAACAUGCUCGACGCUAAAGUCGAACUGGACGGCCGUCUCCGGACUGUGAUUAACGACUUUAUCAACGCUUACGCCUCUCGCAUGACAGCUUCCCUCCCCACCAAGUUUGUCGAUACCCGCAACCUGGAGCCCGGGGAACUGAUCCACCCUUCCUGCCACACCAUUGAGAAGGAGGUACCGGCUCUGCGCAAGAUCCUGAACGAGUAUAUUGACGAUACGCGAAUGAAAGAGACCCUCGUUGGCGCUGUGCAGGAUCGUACAAUCCAGGUCUACGAGGACUUCUUCGAUAAAUACACCUCAUCUGAGAAAGCCAAAGGCCACGCCCUCAGUAAAAAGGGCAAGGGCCGGGACGAUGCUAUCUGGAAUGUGGAGACCUUUGCUGAGUGGUGCGAAGGCGUUUUCCGAGUCGGCGUCGCGGGUCUCCAAUCAGAGCAGGUGGAUGGCCUUGAUGAGGACGACGAUGAUCUGUUGAGCACCAGCUCUUAG